AUGAAGGUGGUGGCUCUAAUAAGCGGCGGCAAGGAUAGCUGUUAUGCCAUGAUGAAGUGCAUCCAAUAUGGCCAUGAGAUUAUUGCAUUGGCAAAUUUGAUGCCUGCUGAUGAUUCAGUCGAUGAGUUAGAUAGCUUCAUGUAUCAAACUGUUGGACAUCAAAUAAUUGUCAGCUAUGCAGAAUGCAUGGGAUUGCCGUUAUUCAGAAGGCGAAUACAAGGAUCCACAAGGCAUCAAACACUUAACUACAAGACAACGGCAGGUGAUGAAGUUGAAGAUAUGUUCAUUUUGUUAAGUGAAGUCAAAAGACAGAUUCCCUCUAUCACAGCAGUAUCUUCUGGUGCUAUUGCAUCGGAUUAUCAGAGGUUACGAGUGGAAAGUGUUUGUUCGAGGUUAGGGCUUGUUUCUCUAGCAUAUUUGUGGAAACAAGAUCAGUCAUUGCUCCUUCAAGAAAUGAUAACAAAUGGGAUUUUGGCGAUCACUGUAAAGGUAGCAGCCAUUGGUUUAGACCCUGCAAAGCACUUGGGCAAAGAAAUAGCAUUUUUGAACGCCCAUCUGCAUAAGUUGAAAGACCUGUAUGGAAUAAAUGUAUGUGGUGAAGGAGGAGAAUAUGAAACACUGACACUCGACUGUCCACUUUUUGUAAAUGCCAGAAUUGUGCUCGAUGAAUUUCAAACUGUGCUACACUCUCCAGGCUCCAUAGCUUCAGUUGGGGUCAUUCAUCCUCUGGCAUUUCAUUUGGAAAAUAAGGAGACGGCCAUUUCAUUAAGUAAUAAUGACAAAGCCACUGAUUCCUCUCUGGAAAAAGGAUCCGUGUUUGUAGUGCAAGGUGAUCACCCACAAAGAAAUGAGACUUGCCAGUCUAAUGCUGAAAUGACUAAUUUAGCUGAAGUUAGAGAUGCUAGAAUUUACAUAUCUAGAACGAAGAAGGAUAAUGUAUUUUCCAUUUGUUGCUGGUUACAAGAUUCAUGCAAAAAUUCUGCAGGUUCACAUGAAGAUCUGGCAGUUGUUCUGAAGCACAUUGAAUCACAGCUUGCAGGAUAUGGUUUUGGUUGGGAGCAUGUCCUGUAUAUUCAUCUCUAUAUUGCUGAUAUGAAUGAGUUCGCUGCAGUAAAUGAGACAUAUGUGAGAUUUAUUACCCAGGAUAAGUGCCCUUUUGGUGUUCCAUCACGCAGUACAAUAGAACUGCCUUUGUUGCAAGCGAGUUUGGGGAGAGCAUAUGUUGAAGUUCUCAUGGCAAAUGAUAACAGCAAAAACGUGUUGCAUGUGCAAAGUAUUUCCUCUUGGGCUCCCAGUUGCAUCGGACCAUAUAGCCAGGCAACCUUGCAUAAGGAGAUACUACACAUGGCUGGACAGUUGGGGCUUGACCCACCCUCUAUGACUCUAUGCAAUGGAGGCCCCUCUGCUGAGUUGGAACAAGCGCUAGAAAACAGUGAAGCAGUGGCAAAUGUCUUUAACUGCUCGAUAUCUACAUCUGCUAUUGUUUUUACCAUUUACUGUUCAACAAGUACUCCACUGCCAGAAAGACUUCAGAUUCAGGAGAAGCAGGACUCCUUUCUGAAGCAAACAAGAUUGCUGCAAUUAGAUAAAGGAGUCAAGUGCAAAAUUCUCGAUCCAAUAUUUCUAUUUGUUCUUGUGCCCGAUUUGCCAAAAAGGGCAUUUGUAGAAGUUAAGCCCAUUCUUUUCGUUCCAGAGGAUGCAGAAACAGCAGUUACAAGUGUUCAAAACCCAUCCUCUUUUACAGUGGCUAAUUAUUGGGGAUUUCAGCAUGCACAAUGGCAUGAUUCUUGCAUUCAGAAAUGUGUUGUUAGUGGGAAGAUAUGUGCAAUUAUUUUGUCGAUUACAGAAAAUAUUGUUGUGAAGAUCUGUUCUGAGUCUCUAGGUAUCAAUGAUGAAGACGUGGAUCAUCAAAAUUCUGUCUCAAAGGGGCAUAUGGAAAGAGUAUCAAGUUUUUGUGUUUAUCUUCUUGAUAAAGUGAUCAUGGAUAAUGGAUUUUCUUGGGAAGACACAAUGAAUUUAAGGAUCUACUUCCCAACAAACAGUGGUAUUCCACUGGAGACAUUGUCACUCACAUUCAAAAAUGCUAUGAAUGAACUUGCUGAGAUGGACCAGAGGAUUCAACUUGGGAAAGAACCCAUAUUUAACAUCGUUCCAGUAUUAGGUGCUGGGAGCUCUGCUGCUGAACUCAUAUUUGCUCCCAGAUUUUACUCUAUAACUUCCUCUCUGGCUCGCGAGUCUCCUUUGCGGACCCAUUUGGAUAAGGGCUGGCUGGCUAACUUUGUGGGGGCUUCCAUGAAACAAAAGGUUGUGACUUUAGCGAGCCAUGGCCACAUGGGUGCGAGGGGACCAUCGACAUUAGUUUUGAGAGCAAAGCAUAUGGGACAAUACAACCUAACCUCAAAUUGUAAGGGACAAGAAAGUCUAACCCUAAAGAAUGCAUAA